AUGUACCGUUCCUUGGGUUACCUCGGAGACCUCAAACAAGCCGGAAUGCCUUCCCUUUUCCUGUGGAUCAAUGGCUACAACGAUAAGCAAUCGUUAUACCGGGGGGUGGUUGAUUUUGACAAGCAACGUUUUCUAGUUACGGAAGAAGACCGGCCUGUGGUGUUCAACGGGCAUGUCGGUCCUCGCCACGACGUGGAUUGCCCUGUGAAGGAAUCUGACUACUACUGUGUGUAUGUAGCUAUUCCUGUCAAUGCUACCUCACUGGUCCAUGUCGAUUUUCACCAGGCCCACGGCAAUUUGCCGUACUACAGCUACGUCCACUACACUCAGCAAAAGUACGUGGUUCUUCCCUCCCAGGUCUUACACUUCAUCAACAUUUCCUACGUGCUAAUUUACUCCUCCUUCAAUGUAUUUGUGCAGUUUUUGAUCCUGCUCUUGGCAAUGGGCUAUGGUAUUGUGCAUUCUCAUAAACUGGGCUCUAGAAACCCGCUAGUUUAUCUGAAAAGAGCAUCCGCUUUGUUGUUUGGAAAUUUAGGUGUUCUUGCAACCAUGGUGGUUUGGAGCAGAUUCAUUCUGGCCCCACCCUCAACUAUGGCCAACUGGGAUGACCAAUUAGUGUGGGUGUUCUUUGGAUUUCAUAUGCAGACCUUGAAGCCGACCUGGUUGCAAUUGGUAGCUUCCGAUAUUAUGGGCAUCUUCAACUCAAUCUGGUUUAUGGGCCAGAUUCUGAGCUAUAUCGAAUUAAGAGUAUUCACUGCCUCGUUUUCGGCCCCCUACAAAAACCAAAUCAACUCGAAGAUUACUAGAUCUGUUGUUGUGGUUACAUUUUUCAUUCUAUGUGCACACAGAGUGGAAGUUUCGAUCAUAUCAAAAACAAAGCUGAAUUUCGGGAUAGGCCUCGCUGAUGGACCAUUGCAGUUUUACAUGGGGUUUGGGCACGUGAUCUUCUUUAUCAUGGUGAUCGUGCUCUUCGCUAUUUUCAUAAAUGACAACAGCAGGCUGUGUGUCGAGAAUGGUGCAACUCAAGAGAAUAAGAGAAUUCACUUCGAAAAAGAAUUGGAUGAGGAGCCAGUACAAGAUACAGCUUAA